CGGUUCGGCCUGCGGAACCAUUCAGCGUUUCUCUUUCAAGCCUGAAGUAAAAGAAAGCCGCCAUGGUAGCCUGGUCCGAUCAGGAGCGCAGCAUCAUCACCUCCAUCUUCUCCAACCUGGACUAUAACGAUGUGGGCCCCAAGGCUCUCAGCAGGUGUCUGAUCGUCUACCCCUGGACUCAGAGGUACUUCGCCAGCUUCGGUAACCUCUACAACGCUGACGCCAUCAAGACCAACCCGAACAUCCAGUCCCACGGAACCAAGAUUCUGCACGGUCUGGACCGCGCCGUCAAGAACAUGGAUGACAUCAAGAGCACCUACGCCGAGCUGAGCGUGCUGCACUCCGAGAAGCUGCACGUCGACCCGGACAACUUCAAGCUGCUGUCUGACUGCCUGACCAUCGUCAUCGCCUCCAAGAUGGGCUCCGGCUUCACCCCGGAGAUCCAGGCGACCUUCCAGAAGUUCCUGGCCGUGGUGGUGUCCGCCCUGGGGAAGCAGUACCACUGAACCCGGCGGCGGCGGCCCAAACCCGGGAGCAGAGCUCCGCGCCCGGCCGGGAAGCGACUCUCCUCUGGAAGAAAUAAAAGCUGAGAAAAAGCA